AUGGAAGACUCCGUCGAGGAUGCUACAAUUGACGCUGAGGAGGAUUUUGCACAGCCUCUAAUGCAAAUAUCUUAUGAAGAACUGAACAGAAUAGCCCAAGACGCAGGUUUCCUUGAUGAUGAUGAUCACGAGUCCUGUUCUCUUAGUGACGAACUUGCAUUCCCACCACCAUCGGCCACCCCCGCCCCCGUCGACCACCCAGAACCAACCACCACGCCAACCCCCUUCCUUCCCCCUCUUUCUUCUUCUCCUCUCUCCUCUUCUCCCUCCACCGCCGCUGCCCUCUCCGCGAUCGCCGUCCACCGCGCCGCCACCAGCAGCGCCACCUCCAACCACCACCACCCUCAACCCCCGUCCCAAACCUUUCCCCCUAUUCUUCCUAACCUUACCGAAGCCCUUGCCCCUAACCAGCCGCCACCGCCGACGUGUCUCCCUCCUCCGCCGCGACAACCGCCACCACCGCCACCCCCAGCUGCCUCUCUGCCCCAAUCUCCUUCAUUAGCCUACCAAGAUGUCAGAUUCCUAGAGAAAGGGAAAAAGAAAGGCUACCACUGGCAAACGUAA